CUCUAAGCAAGUGUCAGCGUGCGAUACAUUUAUCAAGGCUAGAUUAGCUUGCAAGGAAUCCAGUUUUAGCAGAGAACACGUUCAUUCAGCUCUUUUACCGGUUCAUGAAAUUUUCUCCCAGGAGCUUGAAAUUCCAAUAAAAGUACAAAUUGAUUGCCGAAAAUGCUUAAACAUAGGAUAUUACCAUUCUUGAUAAGUUCGAUAAUAUGCACUCUUGCACUGGCAUCGGAUGAAAAUUUAGAUAGAACAAAAAGACAAGCUCCUAGCAUCAAUGUCCAUCAGAUUCCGAAGACUAGCUUCUCAUGUGUGGAUAAAAAAGUAGGAGACUACUAUGCUGAUCCUGAGACAAAUUGCCAAGUCUAUCAUGUAUGCAUACCAGGAAUGCAUAACAAACUGUCUCUAAUGAGCUUCGUUUGUCCUAAUGGAACUAUUUUCAGCCAAGCUACCAGAGUUUGUACUCCGUAUGAACGUGUCGAUUGUAGGUUGGCUUUGAAGUUUUACGAUAACUUGCACGGAAGCGCUAAUGAUAAACGUCCUAUCUAUGAAACUGAUAAUGAGUUUGAUAACUAUGUUCCGCAGCCUCAGCCAGCACCAAGAGAACCCGUGCAGCCUGUAAGACAACCAUCUAGAGGUAGAACCACAACUACCCCGCCUCCACCUCCGUCCAGAGAUCUUGGGGCACAACCACCAAGAAAUACACGCUUUCGAAUCGGCGGAAAUCAAUUUCGCGGUCAACAAGCUCCCCCAACUACCACUGUAGCUCCUGUUCGUACGACUACAUCUGCUCCAGCUCCUGUAAGAGUUGCAGUCAGACCAGCGCCACCGGCAUUCCGGCCACCAGUCCUAGGUGGGCGUCCUUCUCAAAUUGGAGCAGUAUCCAAUGUCCUUCCCCCCAGGCCUACUCCACGAGCCACCAUUUCCACGAGCACUUCUAGUUACAACUAUGAAUAUGAAUACGAAUAUGAUUACGAAGAUGAAAUCCCAGCUGUAGAUCAAGUCAACGCAAGAAGCAAAAGAGAGGCAGCCACCGCUGAGGAUUAUGACUCGGAAGCUUUCGAGCGAAAGUCAAGCAAAACCAGCUUCACUUGUGAAGAUAAGGUUGCCGGAGGGGUAUACGCCGAUGUAGAAAGCGACUGUGAAAUGUUCCAUAUUUGUGUUCCAAUGGGAAAGUAUAAGAUGCUUGAUUAUAAAGUCUUUUGUGCCAAUGGCACUGGAUUCGACCAAGAAACUGGUUCCUGUAGAGAAAAAGAGGAGUUUAACUGUGAAAAUGCUUUCUUGUUUUACCAGUUUCAGAAGCCACAUCAACCUACAUCUAGUAAAAAACCCAUUCUUAGCAAGAAAAUGUAUGCUAAGUCGAAAAAAGUCAUUCGCGCUGGUAAAGAAUAAACAAAAGAUUGCAUUACUUUCUGUUCGAUGAGUUUUCAUUCAGUAUUAGCGCAUUCACUUGCCAAUUAUAAACAUUGUACAGUAUUUUGGAUUCAUGCAAACAAAGCGAAAAUAAAUAAAUAAAUUUGUAAAGGAAAAAUUUGAAGCUUGCUCAGUCAAAUCCAAAUUUUCCUAAAAAAUGGAAAGAUUUUUUUUUAAAUAAAAGAACUCUUAUCUAUUCCAUCAUAAUUUCCCAAACUAUAUCUGAUUCCAUAAAUUAUUUUACUGCUAGAAACGUAAUUUUUUCUCCUAAAUUGAGCAUUUUGAAAAAUAAUCUGGAACAGCUAAAAUUCAACAAAUGAAAAACUGAAACCAAAUUAUUACUUAAAUUUACAAAUGUAGUGUUCUUAAGCAGAAGUUUGCUUCAUAAUCUAAGUUAUUGAGCGGCUUGCUGCGUAAAAUUUACACAGUUCGUUAGGUGUAAUUUUAAAAUUAUAAUCCUUUUCAAUGAAUAUAAAAAAAAUUGAUGAUAUAUUUUUGUAAUGCUGGUAAAAGCCAUACAUAUGUCCGCUUCCGCAGACAUAUUAUGUAAAAAACUUAAUGUUCAAAUUCCUUGUACAGAUAAUACUUGCAAUUAUAUUACAUACAAAUUUACCUACCGAAAUAUUUUAACAUGUAUUAGCUUUGUUAUUUAUUUUUGCAGUGGUAAGAAAAAUGUAUGAAUUGCUUUGUAUUGUUUAAAAAGCGCUUUGAAAAUGUUUGUUGUUAAUGUUUAUUGUAACUGAUGAGCAAAGUGCAAACUCACUUGAAAAUCUUUCUUCGGUGCCAAGCAUUUUAUAAAAAAUAA